GGCGGGUAUGAGGCCAAUGACGGGAGUAGUUAUUAUAUACGCUUCGCAGUCAGUCACCAGCGAGGAGCGGUAAGCAGACGCUCGCGACUCUGGCUGGCCCUUUGAACAAGCAGUGACGACGCCCCGCCCGCGCCCGCGCCCGCGCCCAUCUAUAGCAGCUAGGCGGGGGCACUGCUCUAGCUGAUCCAGCAUGACGCUCGCUCAUCAUCACCCGGUUUGCUGCGGGUCCAGCGUUUCAGAGACGCAGACAUCCCGCCAUGCAGCCAGCAAAAGGUCACCCCAUCUCAUCGCACCGCGGCACCGCGCAGGUAUAGGAAGAGAAUUAAUAGGCCUUGCGGCGGCACCCAAAGUGCUCUCUGGCUGAAUCGCAAGGCGUGAUCAAGAGCUACGUUUGCCAUGGGCGUUUGCGAGUCUGCACCGCACGGCGAGGCGGUCGUUGCCAAGCCCCGCCCUGAAACAGCAGUGGCGUGGCCAGAAGCUGCUGCUGGCAUGCAUGGAAGCUGAUCGGCAUCACUCGAUCGAAGCAGCUAGGCUUCAGCGAGUGUUUUGGGGAAGCGCGGUGGCGAGAAGUGAUGGAGAAGGGGGGGGGGAGGGGACGCGAGCAGCUUCGCAAAACGUAUUUAGGCAAGCGCCAUCUCCAAUCAGUCCCGCCAAAUCCUGUCCCUUGUUCUCUCUCCCAACCCGAGCUCUUGACCGCUCGCUACAUGCUCUAUGCACCGCACCGCACGCAGGUCGUGUCGGCUCCAGCUUAUAUUCCGUGACACUCACACUGCGCAAGUCGCAGCGAGCUCAGAACUUGUAGCCUACAUUAUUGCCUUGCAACACAACGCUCACACUUUGACUUUGGAAGCCGCUUCGCUUGG